UGACAGUCAAUUUUUUCUUCAGACUUUUCCCGUUUGUCUCAUUCCCUCAAAACCAGUUAAUAUUAAUUUUUUUUAUUAGUAUUAUUAUAGGCUUUUCCGCGUUGGCAUCGCCAAGCAAGCUUGAGUCCUACAAGUAACCUAGUCUUGGGUGCUUUGGCUGCCGAGCGCUCAAGCUUGCAAGGAGAUCUUUCUGCUUUUCGUCAUCAAGAGGUUUGCACCCCGCUAUUAGCCAUGGUACAGUGUUUUGCUGCUGAGUGUAAUCACCAGCACUUGAGAGAUAGGUGUUCCUAUUUUCGUUUUCCCGUGGACAAGGAGAAGCGAGCCCAUUGGGUAAAGAUGUGUCGGCGGAAGGAUAGACUGGCGGGUAAAUUCGAUCGCCUCUGCAGUUGCCAUUUCAAGGAUGGAGUGAAGGGGAAUGGCCCUACCAUAUUUCCAAUAAAGGUUGACAAGCUCUUCGAUUUUCCUGACCAAGGAAGAAAGUCAGCAAGAAGAAAAUUUCGCAAGGUUGUGGAAGAUGAUGUCGAGCAGACUCCAAUUUCAGAACGUACGGCGGCACUGCCAGCUACAGAUGCACCGUCACCCCCUACGGAUGAUGCUACCAAGUCCGACAUCUGACCUCAGUCUCUUGAAAUCGAUGUAUCGACCGCGGUCAUGCUGUUUGCUCAUACCUAUGCCACUUUUUUUGGAUGCUGCCGCCUGAAGAAUAAAUUAAUUUUGGUUUCUCUCGCUUGUCAUCAGCACACUCAUGGCUCAUGCUGCACAGCAUUCAAUGGCAACCCGACUGUUGCAAAUUUAUGUUACAACUAUGAUUUACGCAUGUCGUUGUAUUUGGUUCUUGUCUGGUGGAGUCCAAUGUCUGGUGUCAUAUACAUGUAUGGUCUAGGUGUACGCGCGAGUAUGGUGUGAUGUGUGACGUUUAUGGUAUGUGGUGCAUGCAAGAGUACGCGUUGUCAGAGUGUGAGGAUGCGCUUCCGUCUGUGUGAGAGUGACUGUCAAGUGAAUGCUGUACAUGCGCAGUGCUAGUUUGGUCUGGGAAUGAGAGUCGUGUGUGAUUCGUCCGUGGUCUGGUUGUCUUGGUCUUGGUCAUGUGUUCUGUACGUAUUAGUCCCUGAUUGGUCGUCUCGAUUUGUCGUCGCAAUAUUACUGCUUGUUCUUGUUAUUUUCUUGGAGUCUUUUCCCGUCGUCGUUUUCUGUCUAGUCUUUUCGUCUUUUCGUCUUUCUCCUUCUGUGCCCUUUCCGUUUGUAUAAGAAGUCAGAAACUCCACCAAGUUGUUUGAGCUGUUGUGUGAC